AUGCCACGCGCCGGCCCCGCUUGUAUGACCUGUCGGGAAAAAUGUCGCAAAUGUGACCGCGGCCGACCUAGCUGCCAGCGCUGCAUUUCCAAGGGCCUUGUGUGUCGCGGGUACCCCGAUCAAUUCCGCUUCUGCGGUAUUGCCAGUCGCGGGAAGUGGAAAGAUGCACGCAUUCCUGCGGCUGACAAGGACAUCCCCAGCCAGGCGCAAGAAAGUCCAAAUUCAGGCGAGGAGCAGCUGCAUACGAUUAUCAGCGCUGGAUCUACCCCGCCUAUGCCUGAGCCGCGGAGGUCGAAGCGGCUGACGAUCGAUGCCAUGUUGGUGGACUCUGCGCCGGUGGAGGAGGAUAUUACGACGUUGCUUAAAUCAAGUCAAACGAAGACUCUUAUUCAUCACUAUGAUAACUUUAUUUGCUGCCACCAGUUGGCGGAGAUUGGGGACGAGAAGGAUAACCCGUACAGAGCGUACAUUAUGCCCUUAGCUAAAAAGCAAAUCGGGCUGCUAUAUGCCGUUCUGGGCUUUUCUGCCGUGCAUCUUGGAAGGCUUACGGAGGACACCACUCUGCAUGAAACGACGGCCGUUGAGUACAGAAUGAAGGCGAUCCGCGCUUUGGGCGAGCAGAUCUACAAGAGCCAGACUACGUCAUUACCGGAGGAGGAGCAGGAUGCUAUUUUUGCAACGAUCCAGAUUUUAUUACUGCAUGAUAUUGCGGAAACUGGGAUAUCUGAGCAUGGGGUUCACAUCACAGGGGCAAUGUCUGUGUGUAAAAGCAUUCUCGCUGCAGAGGGAUUCAACGGUCGGCGGCAGAGAGCUGUUUUCUUCAUAGGUAAUCUUGCCUGGCUAGAUAUUAUCCGAGCCUUUUCUGGAACUAGACGGCUCUGCUUUACCCAAGAUAUCCGCGAGAUGGUCGCCAGUGCCAGCGGCGAUAGAUUCGAACUGGUCAAUGGCUGCCCGCGAGAGAUCUUCCUCGUCAUUGGACGAGUUCUGGAUAAAGCAAAGGAGUACAAAAACGGCUGGACAACUGACGACGACUUCCGUUCCGCAUUACUCCUCGCGAACCGGGAGCUAUACUCCUGGAACCCGAGAGACAAAACAUACCCAAGUGCAGACCCGCGUUGGCGGAAGGUGGCCGUGGCGUUUCAGUUUGCCUGUAUACUGCAUGUACAUCGAUUGCUGGACCCAUUACGGCCGGCAAGAAGUCCUGAGAUACAAGAAGCUGUCGCAAAGAUUCUGGAUUCGACGGCUGAUAUUCCUGCCGACUGUUCCCUGAUCGAGCUGCUAAUCCUUCCGUUGUUCAUGGCGGGCGCGGACUCGCUUUCUCCGCAUUCACAAUAUUAUGUCCUUGCAAGGUACAGGGAAAUAGAACGACGAUCCGAGAUGCGCAACCCUGUACCGACCGAUCUCUUGAAGCAGCUGUGGGCAGCUCGCUCUGAGCAGGCGCCUGGCCACGAGGAGAACAUUUCCUGGCGAGAUUUUACCUGUUUCCCGCAAUUGACGCGACAGCAUGAUUUCCUGAUAAUUUGA